CGGCGACGCCGCGCCACCCAACCCCAACCGGACGCACGCUAGCCGCUAGCGCUGCCACCCCCACCCAGCCGGAUCCUUCCCCGCCCCGCUCCUUCGCUUUUAUAUAAGCCGGCCUCGCCCCGUCUCGGCCUCCCCACGCCUGCCACCACCACCAGCACACCGUCGUCCUCACACUUGCCUCUCAUCCUCCCUGCCGAGGCCGCAGCGGUCAGCAGGCGGCGCGGACGCUUCUCCUGGGCAAGGACAGGCAAGCGACAGGCAUGGGCUUCCCGGUCGGCUACUCCGAGCUUCUGCUCCCCAAGCAGCUGCUCCACCUCCUCCUCCUGCUCGGUUACCUCCGCCGCUUCCUCCUCUGGGCCUUCGACGCCGUCGGCCUCGGCGACCUGCUGGAUCUCGGGGACGAGCACCUGCCGCAGGACCACGCGCGCGCCGACCACGCCGCCGCGGCGGCGCAGCUGCUGCAGCACCGGCGGCCCGAGUUCCGGCCCGUCACGGCCAUGGUCAUCGAGGAGGUGCUCCCCGUGGUGCGGUUCGACGAGCUGGAGGCCGCGGCGUGCGUCGACGGGGACUGCGCCGUGUGCCUCAGCGGCAUCGGCGGCGGCGACGAGGUGCGGCGAGCUGCCUGGCCCCAGCCGUGUACAUAGGGCGAAAUGAGUAAAGUAACCGCCCCGAAAAGGGCUAGGAGAUUAGAUUCUUGUUAUGUAUAGCUAGAUUCCAUCUUCCAAGUUUGCGGAGCUGUGGAUCUUCCUUUCUUCUGCCAAUUAAAUUUGUUGAUGAGUUAGGCGUUCCGGGUGCAAAAUUUGGGUCCCUUUGCUCCUUCUCUUUCCCCGCGUUGGUCAGGCCGUUCGGCCGCUCGGCUUUUCGUUGCAUAUACUAGUAGUGCAAAUUUAGAAAGGCUUCAUCAAAUCCCCCCGCUGAGCGUACAAAUUUAGGAAGGAUUCUACAUCAGCUGAGGAUUUUUCCUUUCUGAAACCAUAUGCAUCCUGGCAAGUGGCAGGAAAUUUAGGCCCCGACAGUACAGCCGCAGCCUUCCCUUGAUUGGAUCUACUAGUAGUACCGUUGUUAUUGCUACUCCUACAACUGCUGACACUGAAACCCAUGCAGUAGGGCAGUGGAAGAAUGUUCUGGAAUGGUAGUAAAUUAGGUAAAAAUGAACAUAUUUGGCCCUUCUUCGAAACUUACAAUACAAAAUACUACUCCAUCCGAUUUCUAAAUAUAAGACAUUCUAUAGAUUUCAAUACAAACUACAUACAAAUAUAUAUAUAGACAUGCUUUAGAGGAUAGAUUCACCCACUUUGCUCCGUAUGUAGUUUCUUAUUGAAAUCUCUAAAAGAACUUAUAUUUAGAUA